AUGCAAAAAUUGGAACUUUUCCCAUCUCCACUCCCGUCCGAGGCAUCUGCAGCAAGGGCGCGUCGAAGACGCGAAGCAAGCUACGAGACGAAUGAGCCAUCCCGUUUCGGGGAGGCGAACCUGACCGUUGAAGACUAUGUCCGCUUGAUUUUGACGCACUUUCACGAAGCACCAAAUUCUGCAGUGGCGCUGCGUGUGAGCGUAAGUGACGUGAGGCAUGCGGCCCAGGCUGCCGUCAUUGCAGAUCUUCAAAUCUUGGAUGCCAAGUCGUCAUCAGGCUUGCGAUGGGAAAAGGGCGCACCGACCACCAAGACCGGUGUGCAAGAGAAGGAGUCUGAUACUCUCUCUGUUACCCCGAAGCUGGUACGCUACCAAUUGGAAGAAAAGAAGAAUCGUCACAUGGCAUUAUUGGAUUUUUUGCAACGCCGCUGUGUGUCCGUCUGGGAGUUUAUCGAGAAUUCCACCGAGCUUCAGUGUGAGUUGGCAAAAAAUGAGGAGAAGCUUCAGGCUGCAAUUGCUCUGUGCAAGCUACAGGCUUCGAUUCUGUCUUCGAAUUCUUCCGGCGAUGGAGUUGCAUCGGAGACUCAAUGCCGUCUAACUGGGAAGUUUAUUUUACAUGCGAUCGAGAAAACUGUUGUAAAACGUGGGUAUCGGACGGAGCAGCUUCGCCUGGCUGGCUACAAUUCCUUCGAUGUAUUUUACAGCGAAGUGAGCAAGAUCACGGAGCUAUUCGAGCGUUUGAACGACGAGGUGCAGUCACUUUCGACGGCAGUUAGUGAGAGCGAUCCAGCAUAUCUAUGCGGCCUACUGGAAAGCGGUUGCGCUAUGCUAAGUAUGCUCUGUACACCUGUGCAAGGUUCAGCUGUACGAUUUGCACCGGCUGGAAGUCGGACACUCGCGCACGAGGUGCGAAAAGUUGUGGUUAAUCAAAUCUCUCGUCUGUCUACGCUUGUGGGAUACUCGCAGCCAGGGUCGUGUGAGAGACAGGUUCGCUGGCAGUACGAUGAGAUUUUCGAGGUCAUGGAUCAGAUCCGGAGACUAGGAACCGUUUUGCUGGACGAUUACGGUAGUCUGAUUCCUCUUUCUUUGCGCGGAGACGCAGACGAUCUGCGCGCGGAGGAAGCAUACACAAAGCGCGUGACUCUAGACCCUCUUGUUUACUUUGCAACUCAGACACCUUUCCAAGAAAGCGAAUUUGCAGUCGACUUUGGUACGGAUGGUGUGAUCACCCGUAAGCGCGCAAACUUGUUUCAUCAGUGUGUUGAACUCUGCGAAAAGUACUGUUAUUUUGAAGGCAUGGUUUAUCUGGUAUUGAUUGAAGACUCGGAGAACCUGAAUAAGCUGGAUUGCGUGCUUGGCAAACUUCCAAAGAGCCCAGCAUCGAAGAGGUUGGAGUUGUACUGCAAGAAGCAUGAGGGCUUCGACGACUUUAUCUUCCGCUGGUAUAACGGCGAAGUUCGGAACCCCUGGACCCGAAACGACCAAAAGGCGGAUGCGUCUUCUCGGACCAUGUUGGCAUACUUGUUGGCCCACUCACAGCUCUUUGCGCCGAUGUUGCACAAAUUUAUGAGCGAACGCGACCACCUGAAGAAGUACUGCUGGUUGACUGCAAUCUCAAUCGAGCGAUAUGACCAGGUGGUGACACUUGCACUUCAUGAGGCAAAGGAAGAGCAGCAAUCGUUGCCAAAGCGCAAGACAAUGGCUAGCAUCGCUAAAAUCGCCGCCUUUGCUUCGCCCAGUCUAUCUCAUCCUGACAGUGUACAGGAAAUUGAUCGCGAGCUUGUGCGUGGAAAGCUUCAGGAGCUAUUGCUGCAGCUACCGCUGGAGUCACCCGUUACUUCACAGCCGCUUUCACCUGAAGAGCUAGUCGAUACGUGCUUGGCCUCUGCCUUUUCGGUUGAAAAGGAUGACCCCAUGAGAACCAACCUUUUCUUGAUGGCGCUGGAGGCGUUGGAUACACUAGCAGCUGACCUGCUGACCGAGAAGUACAAGGACAUGCGUGCCGGUGUGUGGCGAUCCUGCAUUGUCGAUGACGGCAAGCUAUGGGACGAUAUCGCGGCUGAGUCGGCGGCAGGUGUGAAUGAGGAGAAUACAGAGGUACUGAUGCGUCAGACGCUUUUGUACAAGGCAAUGAAGGAGUACACAUCGCGAUCGGAACAUCCGGUAGGAGCGCGUCCUGCGUCAGCACUUACAAUCGAGGUUAUUGAGGAGCUGGUACGCUGCGAGGGUGAUGUUGACUCCGCUGUGAGUGACCAGACCCAGCAGCUACUGAUGAAGACGCUGCAUUUGGCGCUGCAGUAG